CUACCACAUUCACCAUUCAUUAUCGAGCACUGCAGAUCUUAUUCACUCAUUGCCGGCACAAAUUAGCAGCCCCUCGUCAAGACUUCAAGAGAUAUCUCUUGUCCUGUAAGGAUCUUCGAAAAUGGAGACUUCAGUACACACAACACCUCACAAGAAAGAGGCAGCUGAGGCGGUCACGCCAAACCCUCUCGGUCUUCCCUUGCUUGACUACGGAGCAUCCGGAACGAUGCACGUCUUUGCACCAACACUUAUCAUGAAAUCUCCACACAUUUCUCACCCGAAAUUUGGAAACACAACAUCUUCUGUGGCUUACAAAGCCAAAAUCUACGCAUAUAUCCGUUCCCUUCCUACCUCCCACCAACAUAUCCUUACCAGCUUCGAAAACACGGAUCUCGACAUCGAUCAUUGCCUCCUCCUAGCCUACCACCCGCUUGGCUGCCUUCGCAAGUUCAUCCGCAGCACCGUUUUUGGGACUUGGCCUGAGACCACUCAGAUUUUAAAAAGCAGGAGACUGCAUUGGGGACAACAAAUUGCGUCGGCCUUAGUGUUCCUGCACGGUCAUGGCAUGUUGCAUGGCGAUCUCACGGCAGCAAACACGUUGGUCACUGAUACCCUCGAUGUUGUCUUGUGUGACUUUGGCACUGAUUUCCUAAAUGGUCAAGGCGAGGGAGAUAUUGUGAGAUGUACAAGAUGGUACCGCUUUUUGGACGAUGGGUGGGACGGAGACUGGGAAAACUUUGGCAAAGGUAGAAAAAGAGAUGCACAGAAUUUUUCCGUCAAGGAUGAUAUCUGGGGUUUGGGAAUGAUUUGCUACGAGAUGUGGUGUUUGAAGAGAAUGUGGGGAGAUAGAGAGGAGAGGGAGAGAGUAGGAUUGUAUUGGAGGAAGGAGUGGCCGAGCUUGGAAGGAACCGGAGAAGUGGGUCAGAUUAUUGAGAAGUGCUGGAACGAUGAAUACGAGAGCGCGGAUGAGGUUUUGCAUGCAAUCGAGAACAUCAGGAAGAAUGAAGGUUUAGGAGUGGUGCCUUCUUCCAACACAUAGGAUUCAUCAAACGAUUUCACACAACCAAACGAGAAACCAAGUCUUUAAUACAAAUCCUCCAACUUCAAAACCCCCUCAGAAUUUGGC